CAACUCAUACAAGAGGGACCUCUGCGUGUGGGGGUGGGUGACAGGCUGGGUGACGAUGGACGGGUGACGAUGGAUGGGUGACGUUGGGUGGGUGACGGACUGGGUGAUGGUGGAUGGAUGGUCUUCAAGGCCUCGUGGCGUGGGAGUCAGGUGGCGCUGAAGCUGAUGGUGGCUCCCGACCUGGACCAGCUGCGCCUGACCACACGCGAGGCGCUGCUGUCGCGCACGCUGUCGCACCCGCACCUGGUGCAGACGUACGCCAUCACGCUGACGCAGCUGUCGGCGGCAGACCUGGAUCCAGAAACAUACGCGCCACGCAGGCCGGCGCCGGUCGCGGUUGCGGCCGGUGCGCCGCCACUGGCUGCUAGUGCGGCGGAUCAUCAGGGUCAGGCAACGUGUGUGGCAGCUGCGUCACUACUGGCGGCUGGCGGUGGGGUGGCAGUCGACCUCCUGUGCGACCAGGGUGAGAACACCAGCAGUCAGAACCUUAGUGCCCUGAUCGCCACCGCCCUGCAGUCCCUGGUCGCGGUCACAGAGGAGUGCGUCUUGCCGCCGCCGCACCCGGAAACCAGCGGGCCCCUCAGCCGCAGCAGCAGCCUGCCGGUGCACCGGAGCAGACAAUCGGCCCUGUCCCUGCAGCAGGCAAGCCACACGCCCGUUGCUCGUAGCGGCGGCACCGCCGCCGCCGCACGCCGCAGAUCUCAUGGGAACUUAAGUCACGCCUCUGCCGCCGGCAGCGGUGGCGGCGGCGGUAGCACUAGCACUGCUGCUGGGCCACAGCAGGCAGCUGCCGCAGUAGCACAUAAGACGACAGCGGAACUGCCUACUGCCAGCAGUGCUUGUGCUGAGCAGGCCGCCGUUGCAGGCAGCAAGCGCGGGCUGCUGCUGCCCACAGGGUAUGGAGCCGUGGUGUCACCGCAACUCACAGCAGCGGCACUGCUGGGCGGCGGGCCGCGGCGCACCCAGCUGCAGCGGUGCGAUGUGUCUCUCUCGAGCUUUGCCUUGCCGCUUGAGACCCCUGCUGCCGUCGCUGUACUUGCCGGAGACAGCCCAGUCACGCCACGGGACCUUGGCGCCGUGUUCGAGAGCGGCAUACGCGCCGCCGCCACAGCUGCCGACAUGUUUGACAGCAGCAGGCGGUCCGGCGGCGGCGGCGGGUCUGUGGGCGGCGUGGCAGCAGGGCAGCAGCGAUGUGCCCUGCUGGCAGUCCUACAGCAGCAGCAGCAGGCACAGCAGCUGCAGCAGCUGCAGGAGGCUCCAUCGCCACUACUGGCGGAUGAGCGCGAGAGGGCGGUGUCGCUGCUGCCCAGGAGCCACAGCUUGGACGGGGCGGCGGCGGCGGCAGACACGCAGGCCGCCGCUCAUCGCCACCCCGGGCACCCGUCCUCCGCUCACCGCGGCCCGCACAACGAGGCGGCGGCGCAGCAGCUGCAACCGGGCCGAGGCGGCCAGGGCCCCCAGCAGCAGGUGCACCGCGGCGGCUCCGGCCGGCUGAUGUCCUCACUAACGUCGGCGCCGCUGAGGAGUGCGGCGGCGGCGGCAGACGAGGCGCACCGCAACGCGCUGCUGAGCCUGCUGCGAGAGCUGCGGCUGCUGGGCGCGGCGCCGGGCCACUUCCUCACGUGUGUGAUCAUGGAGUACUGCGAGCGCGGCAACCUGCUGCAGCUCAUUCAGGAGCAGGCGGCGGCGGCGGUGGCGGCGGUGGCGGCGGCGGCGCAGCUGCCGCCGCCAGAGCUAGCAUCCAUGUCAGCAGCAGGAGCAGCAGGCGUAGCAGGCACCGGGACUUUCGUGGGCGUCACAUCGGCUCCCACGGGGGCCUCGCGCAUGCUGUUCUUGACCAGUGGUGGCCGCGGCAGCCGCCACCGCCGGUCACUGCUGCCCCAGGUUGCCAGCCUUAGCUGCAACACCAGUGCGCCUGUGACCGGUAACGCGGCUCGGUCGGGGGCGUGGGCCUCGGUGGCAGGUGCAGUGAGUGGUCCGUCCUUGCGAAUGACGGUGGCGGCGGCGGCAGGACUAAACGCAACGUGCGGGAUGGGUUCGGCCGCCGCCGGGGAGUACGCGGGCUCGCAGCAAGGGGCGCAAUGCGUGACGAGCAACUCAUUUGGGCGGACAACGACUGAGACGCUCCUGAUGAGCGCCCGCGGCAGCCGGGAGGGGAACCCAGCCACCCGGCAGUCGGCGAGUGUCGCUGCCGCGGGGCUAGACAGUUUGACAAGCGUUUGGGAGCUCUCAGGCAGUAGCCUUCGCACCGCCACAGUAGCGCAUCCGCACCAGCACCAGCACCAGCCCAGCCUGAUGCAGCAGCAGCUGGGGCCAAUGCAGCAGGCUGCAGCAGCAGGGGCGGCUGCGGGCGGCUGGCGCCAUCGCCACCCUAGUGCUGAGGUCAGCAGCCGCAGCCUUGUGUUGCUCCGUACCGCGCUGGAGAUUGCCCAGGCAAUGUCCUACCUGCACUCGCUGGACCUGGUGCAUGGGGACCUCAAGCCGGCAAAUGUGCUGCUGCGCGCUGCGCCCGCGGAGGACGACGACGACGGCGUCACAUGUGCCGCUGCGAGCUUGGACCCUCCGCCGCCAACGCCAGCCGCAUCCAUGGCGUCCAGCAGCCACACGGCGUAUGUCGGCACCGCCGUCAUGUCGGCACCGGCUGCGGGUGGCGCUGCGGUUGACCGCCUGAUGCCCUCGCCGCCGGCCGUGCGUGGUGGGAUGCGGCCGCCGGCGGCGAGUGUGGACAACGUCAGUGCACACGACGGCCCUUUCAGCAGCCAGCGGGGCGGCGGCGGGCACUUCUGGGGAUCUGAUGCCGGCGGGCUCCAACCGCUGAAAUUGCCGCAGCCGGAGCGACGGAGGCGGUACAUCUGCAAGUUGGCUGACUUCGGGCUCACCAAUUGCGUGGCUGCCACGGAGCAGCAGCAGAGGCUCCAGACACCAGCAGGCGUGGCGGGACCUGCAGGCACCCAUACGGCUGGGCCCAGUGGGGGCGGUGGCGGCGGCGGUUUGGCGGACUGCGGCGCGGUGCCGUACCUUGCGCCCGAGAUCGUCGUGCAGGGCACUGGAGGCAAGCCCGCCGACGUGUACAGCUACGGCGCCCUGCUGUGGCACAUGUGCUCGGGCGUGCCGCCGCACUCGCAGCUGCACCCCGCCCAGAUCCUGGUGGGGCUGGCGGGCGGGGAGCUGCAGCUGGAGUGGCCGGCAGACGCGGAGCCCACGCUGCGCAAGAUCGGCGCCGCCUGCCUGCAGCACGACCCCGCGGCGCGGCCGUCGUUCGACCGCAUCGUGCGCGCGCUCAUCAAAGCGGUGGAGAAAACGGUAGCUCGCAGCCGCAGCCGGCCCUUCGCAACGCCUGCUGGCGCAACAGCAGCAGCGGCAGCAGCCAGCAACCUGCCAUCGGCUGCGCAUCCAGCCAAGACAGCCAUGCCGCUGUCUGGCAGAAUCGCGCAGUCGCAGGCGGCACUGCCGUCACAAACAAAUGAGUGGCAGGAGGUCAGUAUGUUGCGGCCGCGGCCGCAAUCGCAGCGGGCCUUUACCCCGCAGGCCCUGGCGCAGGCGUUAUCCUUCCGGGCGUCGGUGGACAGCCGACUGGACAGCCGGCUGGCGACUGGCGGCGACGACAGUGUCCCAGCCGCCAGCGCGGGGCCCGCAACCUUGUCGGCUGUAGCGGCGGCCAGCAGGGUGGCGGCGGCGGCGGCGGCUGGUGCGGCACCACCGCCACGCGACAGCGGCCUAGGGCAGCGCGCAGCAGGCAGCUUCGCUCCGUCUCCGGCGCCGCAUCGAGGCUUGGUGCCAGCGAUGUACCGGCAGUGGAUUCCGCCCGAGGCCUUUCUCAUCAGCACAGGCGGCCGCGACAGCUCAAAGGAUCACGAUGAUGUGGGCGCCGGCCUCUCCAGUAGCAGUGCUGCGCUUGCGCUGUUGCUGCAAAGCGGGCGCUACACGAUUGUCGGUGCUGGGGGCGGCGGCGGCAUCGCUGGCGGGAGCUUUGAAGCUGGCAGCUUGAGCUCAGCCGCGGCCGCAGCGAUUAGCAGCGAACGUGAGCAGCCGCCGGGAGGUCUUUCGCCUAAUCCGGGGAUGCAAUACAGCUUGGGCAUACGCCCCGUGCGACUGACAGCCUCCGGGGAUGACGGAACGGAGAUGCUCACUGGCUGUGGUGACGGGAUUUGAUCGGGGUUGGAUCAAAGGGUGCAGGCGGACCAGUGCAUGAGCGCACUAAGUGUAACGCCAGCUUUGCAUCGCUUUGCAUUGCAGGAUGCAGGCAUAGGUGAUGGGUUGCUGUAUCGCGCUGGCUGUGGCCGCGCAAUACGUAUGAUAUGUAUCUGAGGCACCUGAGGCAAUUUACGUUUUAUGCUCCAUGCCUUAUGACCUGGAAAGUAAGAGUCCACAAUGACUUGAGAGCCCAAGUACGUGAUGAUUCUCCGCACCGCAUUGUUGGGCAUGGGCGGGGGCAUUAUUACUGGCUGGCUGGCGAGUGCACGUAUUUAGUCAUCAUUGAGCAGCUGCUAAUGAGGAUCCGUGUUUGUUGGGGCUUAAGAUGCGACUCACAUCUGGGGCGGAGCCGAGCACGCCCCGCGGUCCCUCCCCCGAUCCAGAACCCCACACAGGCAUGGUUGAUACGAAAUAAGCAGCAUGCCGUGGUAGGCUACUUGCACGUGGGCGCUGCAGUCUAUGCAUCGUGCGCAAUGCUGCCCAAUUGCGCGUUACGUGUCGCAGGGAAUGAAUGGUGUCGAGAUAGAGGGUGCAUUGCAGGGUUGGCGUCAGCGCUCGUAUCUUCCUUCGUUCGGAACGAAAUUUGCCCAAAAAGGCCUCUGGCGGACGAAAUGUUUUUGAUCUUGACUUGGAAUUUCGGCCAAAACGCACGGGAUCUUGGGGGGUCUUUCGGCAAACAGACGAAGACAUUUUUGGGAUUUCGGCCACUUUUGGCCAAGGACAGGGGGUUCCAGCGGCUACUCCACGGCCGAAACCUGUGUGGCAUAUGGUAAGAAGGCUCAAAGGGCUGUAUCUAUGGGUGUUGACGGCGGGAGACAGGGGUUCCCCUGGCGGGAGAGUGAGGUUGGGUCGGCAGGAAGCAGGGCAGGAGUGGGCUGUGUCGUGUCGGUGUGUGACAUCGUGCGGGUCGGGGGCGGAGCCCCCGGAAAAAUUUUGGGGGUGAACGAAGCGGCGGCAGCCUGUUUCGUCAACUAAACGAAGCCAUUUUAAGGAAUUCGGCCACUGACGCCGCCCCUGCCUUCGUAAGAUACGAGCGCUGGUUGGCGUGCGGCUGAGCUGCAAGCCCGUCUGGCUUAACUGCUGCACAGUUACAUGCGAAGUAUUUGUGUCCAAGUAUGUUGCAGUUACAUGCUUUCGUGUUUAAGUAUGUGUGUCGAAGUAUAUUUCCUUGGACUUUCGACAUGGCAUGGCACCCGCGCACCAGACACUUGCCCGGGCUUGCCCACCCGGGCAUGUCGUUUUGGGAGGCGUUAAGAUGUCGAAUGUACGUCCAAAGCGGCCGGUGGACCGGGCGCGCCUCUGGAUGAGGGUUUUAAUGUAGCAUUUGGGAGGCACUUUCAAGCAUGCAUUAGCCAUUGUAAGUAGCGCCCCCGCCAGCGGUCAGUCGAGCGCUGACUGUCAGGCAGGGGUGCCUGGCAACCCUGCUGUCAGGCGUGCUGACCAGUUUGGCGGGGGGCUCUGAUAGUGGGGCGUCCUUGGCGUGCUGCCCGCACGACGCCGUACCUUGUGUGUACGGAUGGAGCGCAUGCACCAAUGAAAAGGGCGCUUGCGGGCAGUCUUAUUACAUUAUAGGUGGAACGUUUGAUGUUUAUUCAAAACAGCAUGGCACCGACGCGACAUAAUGCGGCCGGUAGGGAACAAACGGCUCCGAAGCAUGUUGCGACGCGUGUUGUUUCAAGGAGUGGGGGCACGUGCGUGCUGUGGCAACCCGCUUGCAUGGCAACGGGUCUUUACUUUCUAUGGCGGGCUCCGUGCUUGGUAAGCCAGUCACGAGCCCGGCGUGCGCCCGGGCGCAGCCUGGCUGCCGGCGUCAUGAUACGGGAAACAUAGGUGACACGUCAGCUGCUGUGCACAAGAGGGUCCAGGGCAUGUGGUUGUGGGCGCGCAGGAGUGCAUGCCUUUAUUUGUGGGCGUGCGUGUGGGCGUGCCCGCCCGCUGCGGGGCAGCGUGUGCAGCACAAGUGCCCCGGGGGCUGUGCGGCGCGCCUGCCUCGCCCCGCGGUGUCAAGCUACACUAGGUGGCAUGCAUACACGGCACUCAGCCCGACAUAACUAGCGGUGCCCUGACCACACGGUGGGCGGGCGCCCGGAAGCCCCUCCCGGCGCAGUGCACAUAGACGGGCCCAGCGCGUGUGUGGCGGCCCCACAAAUGCCCCAACCUGCUUGGACUAGGCUGGUGGCCAUAGACGCAUGCCCACAGCAUACUGGCUGGCCAGGGCGCACAUCGCUGGUUCGCGUGUGGGCAUGUCGGCAUGGUUUGCGGGUCCGCAUCUCGGAAUGAGUCGGCCUACCCCCACUUGAAGGUAUCUUGUUUGCGGUCUUUUACAUGAACGUAUAUGCUGAUAGGGAUAUGGAGGAACCGACGCCAGGAAAGUGGCGACUUUUAGCCUGACCUUGCGUGGCUCGCGCGCGGGUCGGUCGCGCUGGAAAGGCGACAACAAUUCAUUGCACCAGCCCCAGGGCCACUUACCCCACACGCAACAAAGAUACACAUUAUAGAUGUAAUAUGAAAUACAC